GUCGUCGCCUUUCCCUUCCUCGCCCGGCGCCCUGUUCGGUCGCCGCUGCCCAAGGCGCCUGAGAACCGGCUCCAACCUUCCGGGCCUUCAGUCUCCUGAGAUGCUGCUCCUUCUUUGCUGCCUGCCCCUUCCUUCCCGGCAGGGACGACUUCCACCGCCCGCUGAGCUCCCACUGCCCGUGGGCCUUCCCGAGGUCUCGCCUCCCAGCCAAGCCGUGAGGCCCGCUCCUUUCCCGGUAUCCGGCUGCCGCCCUGCCCUGCCUGAUGGCUCCCCUGAACUUUGUUUUCUCUUCCCUGAGGUUGAUCCUGGCUGGGCGCCGCCAAGGGCUUGCCAGCCUUUCCUUCUCCGCUGCUCUGAAAUUAGCAUCCUUCUCUCCUCCCCGGCCCCAAACGCAAGACGUGAAAUCUGUUGAAGACAAAUUUGAAAUUCGAGGGGAGCCAACAUUUUAUUAGCUUUUGUUUUCUCUUUUUUUGUUGCUGUUACUACUGCUCUUCUGUUCUGAGAUUUUAGCACCAGAUACCCAGAGAAACACAAGGAGUUCAUUCAGAAGUGAUAAUCAAGCGAUUGCUGAGUCAAAUUUCGGAAGGAUCCACUGAACCCUCUUCAACAGCAGCCCAUGUGGCUCAUGACAGUGAAAAUCACAUGUCAGAGUGAUGUGAAAUCAGUUCAGCUGAAAGUUUUAUCGAGUUUAAGUAUAUAUGUGGGAUAUGAGCCUCUUCCUCCAACAAUAGGACGAAAUAUUUUUGGGCGGCAAGUUUGUCAGCUUCCAGGUCUCUUUUGUUAUGCUCAGCACAUUGCGAGCAUCGAUGGGAAGCGUGGGUUGUUCACAGGCUUAACUCCAAGACUGUGUUCAGGGGUCCUUGGAACUGUGGUCCAUGGUAAAGUUUUACAGCAUUACCAGGAGUGUGACAAGGCUGAGGAGUCAGGAUCUGGAUAUGUACAGAAAGAAGUUUCAUCUUCCUUUGAUCGAGUUAUCAAGGAGACAACUCGAGAGAUGAUGGCCCGUUCUGCUGCUACUCUCAUCACACAUCCCUUCCAUGUGAUCACUCUGAGAUCUAUGGUACAAUUCAUUGGCAGAGAAUCCAAGUACUGUGGACUUUGUGACUCCAUAGCAACUAUCUAUCGGGAAGAGGGCAUCCUAGGAUUUUUUGCGGGUCUUAUUCCUCGCCUCCUAGGUGACAUCAUUUCUUUGUGGCUCUGUAACUCACUGGCCUACCUCGUCAAUACUUAUGCACUGGACAGUGGGGUUUCCACCAUGAAUGAAAUGAAGAGUUAUUCCCAAGCUGUCACAGGAUUCUUUGCCAGUAUGUUGACGUACCCCUUUGUGCUUGUCUCUAAUCUUAUGGCUGUCAACAACUGUGGGCUUGCUGGUGGAUGCCCUCCCUACUCCCCAGUGUAUUCUUCUUGGAUAGAUUGCUGGUGCAUGCUACAAAAAGAGGGAGAAGGCUGGUCUGUAGAGUGCCCUGAGCCACCGCUAGUUUGGCCUCUGCCUCAGUUUCCCCAUCUGCUAACUUGGAUUAAUGAUGCCUGCUCUCCAGACCCAGAGGAUGAAGCUUUAGGGAGGUCACGGAGGAGGAAGAGCCCGGUGCUCGCGCUGCCUGCGCGGGGGGCCUUCUUCGUGCGGUGCCCCUGGGCCCUGCCGCUCGGCUCCCCGGCCUCGGCGCGCCCCUCCCUCUCGCUUCCCCUCCCGCCUCUCCCCCUGCCCGCCCCUACCCCGCCCCUCCUCGCGCGGCCCCGGAGCCUCGCUCUUCAGCAGCCCUUUUUCCCUCGCUGCCCCGCCACCCCGAGCCCACCCCGGGGUCCCAGCGCCCCGCCCGCCGCCGCCGCCGCCGUCCCCGCCAGGCCCGGCCCCGCCGCAGCGCGGGCGGUCAGUGCGCAGCCCGGGGCCCGCCUGGAGCCCAGAGCCCGGAGCCCGGAGCCGGAUCGCGGGCUCGGAGAGAAGCCGACCGACCGCCGCCCCCAGCCAGGCGCCAUGCUGCCGCUCCUGCUGGGCCUGCUGGGCCCGGCCGCCUGCUGGGCCCUGGGCCCGGCUCUGGGCUCGACAGAGCUGCACUCGGCCUUCUCGGCCGCACGCACCACCCCCCUGGAGGGCACGUCGGAGAUGGCGGUGACGUUCGACAAGGUGUACGUGAACAUCGGGGGCGACUUCGACGCGGCCACCGGUCAGUUCCGCUGCCGCGUGCCCGGCGCCUACUUCUUCUCCUUCACGGCUGGCAAGGCCCCGCACAAGAGCCUGUCGGUGAUGCUGGUGCGCAACCGCGACGAGGUGCAGGCACUGGCCUUCGACGAGCAGCGUCGGCCCGCCGCGCGGCACGCCGCCAGCCAGAGCGCCAUGCUGCAGCUCGAUUACGGCGACACGGUGUGGCUGCGGCUGCACGGCGCCCAGCAGUACGCGCUCGGGGCACCCGGCGCCACCUUCAGCGGCUACCUGGUGUACGCCGACGCCGACGCGCCUGCGCGCGGGCCGCCCGCGCCCCCGGAAACGCGCUCGGCCUUCUCGGCGGCGCGCACGCGCAGCCUGGUGGGCUCGGACGCGGGCCCGGGGCCGCGGCACCGGCCCAUCGCCUUCGACACGGAGCUUGUGAACAUCGGCGGCGACUUCGACGCGGCGGCUGGCGUGUUCCGCUGCCGCCUGCCCGGCGCCUACUUCUUCUCCUUCACGCUGGGCAAGCUGCCGCGCAAGACGUUGUCGGUGAAGCUGAUGAAGAACCGCGACGAGGUGCAGGCCAUGAUUUACGACGACGGCGCGUCGCGGCGUCGCGAGAUGCAGAGCCAGAGCGUGAUGCUGGCGCUGCGGCGCGGCGAUGCCGUCUGGCUGCUCAGCCACGACCACGACGGCUACGGCGCCUACAGCAACCAUGGCAAGUACAUCACCUUCUCCGGCUUCCUGGUGUACCCCGACCUCACCCCCGCCGGCCCGCCCGGCCUCGGGCCUCCGGAGCUCUGAGCCACGACCCGGAGAGGAGCCCCGGGCGGCCCGGGGCGUGCAUGCCAAGCCGGGACCGCGGCCCGAAUGUCCCGCCGGCGCGAGCAUGACGGCCCGCCCAGCGUGGCUGGACUCUGCCAAUAAAGUGGGCCUGCGCCGGCGCCUGUCUGCUGGG